AUGCUGAGUGCACCCGAGUAUCUUCGCUUCAACUUGGAUUCCCUGAGAGAACCGAUGAUCGAUGCGCUAUCUUCUGCGCCUUUCACCCACCUACGCAUAGAGUCCUGCUCUAUGUGGUCUGACGAUUUUGCCGAUGUACUCAAAUCUCUCGCUGGAACUCUACAGGUGAUAGAGCUCAUCGAUGUUGCCUCUUGGGGUGAUCAAGACCCUGCCCACAACCUGGAACCGAUUCUGCAGUGUCUUAGACUUCGUCUACAAACCUUGGUUUUGGAUGAUGUGCGCGUUACAAACAAAGACUACGAUGACCCUCCAGGAAUACUCUGGCAUGGACAGCAGCAAAUCCAUGCAGGACUCGAUGUUCUCGCUGGCUUCGAUGACAAUGGUUGGGACUAUGACGAUUUGGACGACUCGUAUGAGGAUAGAAUCAGAGCCGUUGAGGAGAGAACCAGCAGCGAGUACUACUUCCAGACCUAUUUUCCGGACGGGAGCCACGCAGGCUACUCAGCAUAUAAAGGCGAGGAAGAGAGAAGCUUGGAAGGCUCCGAAAGAGAAUACGCCGAGUACAAGGCAUCAAGAGCAAGUGCAAAGGAGGCAACGGCAAGAGUUGAGGCUGGAGACAUCAGCUCAUAA